GUCCUGCCCCAAAAGUUACUGAAGAACUUCAGAGGGGGAAAAAAAAGUUUGCUCAGUGAAUGCGCAGUGAUUUUCAGUGUGUUGAAAUCGUUUUGUAAAUGUGUCUGAAGUCAGUACUCCACUUACUGGAAAAGGUGUCCAGCUUUCAGCAGAAAACUUUUUGAAACUUCGAUUCCUGGAGGGUUUUAUUAUUAUUAUUUUAAAUCGGGAAAGUUUGGGAAGAUAUGCGCGUUUCCACACUGGUCAGUGGGUCCUGGCCAAACGGAAAAAUAACCCAUCGCCUUUUAUUUAUUUUCGCCAGGCUUGGAUAGCGAGUUUCCAGCCAGUAUUUGGAUAAAGUAGCGAGGCGCGCACAUGAGUUUAGACUCGUUCAGAUUCAUGCAUUUCGGAGUUUCUGCGCGCAGUUGACGCGUCUUUCAGCGCUGAAGUCAGAGAAGUGAUUACUCUCUUUUUUUUUGUAUCAUUUUUUUAAAAAGACUUUUGGGGUCUUUGCUUUUUGAUUUGAAAUCAUGGACCCGAGCCAGCAUAACCCCCCAGCAGGACACCAGGUGGUCCAUGUCCGCGGAGACUCGGAGACCGACCUGGAGGCGCUCUUUAACGCCGUGAUGAACCCCAAAAGCGCCGCUGUGCCCCCAUCCGUGCCAAUGAGGAUGAGGAAGCUUCCAGACUCCUUCUUCAAACCCCCCGAGCCCAAAUCCCACUCCAGACAGGCGAGCACGGAUGCAGGCACAGCCGGUACGCUCACUCCGCAGCAUGUCAGAGCGCACUCCUCGCCUGCCUCCCUGCAGCUGAGUGCCGUCACUUCCGGCACCAUGAGCACCCUGGCCCCGGCAGGCGCCCCCCCUCAGCAUCUGCGCCAGCCCUCUUACGAGAUCCCCGAUGAUGUGCCCCUGCCUCCAGGCUGGGAAAUGGCCAAGACCCCAUCUGGCCAGCGAUACUUCCUUAACCACAUUGACCAGUCAACCACCUGGCAAGACCCUCGCAAGGCCAUGCUCCAGAUGAACCAGACAAACUCGGCCAGCCCCGUCCCCGUUCAGCAGCAAAACCUCCUGAACCCGGCCACAGGUCCUCUUCCUGAAGGCUGGGAGCAGGCCAUCACAGCAGAGGGAGAGAUCUACUACAUCAACCACAAGAACAAAACAACGUCCUGGCUGGACCCACGGCUCGACCCGCGCUACGCUCUGAACCAGCAGCGAAUUACCCAGAGUGCGCCGGUAAAGCAGGGCACCCAGCUCCCCUCCAGCCCCCAGAACCCGGCCGUCAUGGGAGGGAACAACCAGAUGAGACUGCAGCAGCUGCAGCUGGAGAAAGAGAGACUGAGACUUAAACACCAAGAGCUGCUCCGCCCGAGACCACAGGAGCUGGCUUUGAGGAACCAGCUGCCCACCAGCAUGGAGCAGGACAGCGGCACUCAGAACCCGGUUUCCUCCCCUGGCAUGGGGCAGGACGGCCGCAGCAUGACCACCAACAGCUCAGACCCCUUCCUCAACAGCGGAACGUAUCACUCCAGAGAUGAGAGCACAGACAGUGGCCUGAGCAUGAGCAGUUACAGUGUCCCACGCACUCCAGAUGACUUCCUGAACAGCGUAGAUGAGAUGGAGACAAGUGACUCCCUCGGCCCUGUGUCCUUGGCUACCCAGCCGAGCCGUUUCCCAAACUACCUGGAUGAAAUCCCAGGCACCGAUGUGGACUUGGGCACCCUGGAGGGCGAGAGCAUGGCAGUGGAGGGUGAGGAGCUGAUGCCGAGCCUGCAGGAGGCGCUGAGCUCCGACAUCCUGAAUGACAUGGAGUCUGUGCUGGCUGCGACCAAGAUCGACAAAGAGAGCUUCCUGACCUGGUUAUAGAUCAGCUUUAACACACACUCCGCCUCUGCUCUCUUCACACUGAACUACUGCCUAGGCCAAUCUGUGAAGGAUGUGUAGAUGCUUCGAGGGUUUUUUUGUUUGUUUGUUUUUUUUUUAAAGACAUUUCAGUCUCUUAGACUUCGAUUGCUUUUUUUUUUCCCCACUCACGUUAAGCAUUAAUCACGGCUGGACUGGUUUCAGUGGGAGUUUUUGCCCAUAAUAUGUAAACCACAUAUGGCCGAACUGGUUUUAAAAGCAGAUUUCAUUUCUUUUAUUCUUUUCCCCUCCCAUUACCUUUUUUCCAUGUCUGCAUCCUCAAGGCUGGCCCAUGAACAGACAAUUAUUCACCCUCUCCUCUUAUAUACACGUGUGUAUGGUGUUGAACCCUCAUCACUCUCAUAUACGACCUCAUCCUCUGCCUCGCCCAUGGCAUGAACUGCAGCGCCUUCUUUCCUUCGUUCACUACAAGCCUGGCAAACCAAAAACACUCACGAGGGCUGCUUGCUUGUGUGUGUGGAUCAUGAUGAGAUCUCCGUGAGCUUGAGCUGGAGAUCUUGAGGGUUGAACCUGUUGCUUUAGGAAGGCGGAUCGCCCUGCUCGGCUGUGCCAGCAUAUCAAACUGUAAUCGAUACAAGUGCCUUCGGUUGGAUCUCUUAGUGCCGCAAAUGAAACACUACUUUUUAACACUAUAUAUAUUUUUGAACAAUUCUGCCCGCGCUCAUUUCUAUUUACAGUUUUCAUUAAGCGAAAAUGUCUUUUAAAAUUUAUAUCAAAAUGCAUUUUGUUGGAUUUUUAUCAACUCUAGCCUCAGUCUUGUUUAAGACUGAUUUUUUUUUUUCUUCCCCCCCCACCCCCCAUGUAUGAUAGAUCAAAUUCUUUUCUCAUGGUAACUGGUUUGUUAUCUAACAUGGUUGCCUUCCAGCAUGCUGCCAAUGUGUAAUCAUCGCAGAAUAGAUGGAACUGAUUAUCGCUAUUACCUAGUAAUCAGCAGAAAUGAUCAGUCUAGAUUCAGAGAGCUGUUUUUGUAUGUUAAUAUGUAGGUUUUCAAUCAUUAUUAAUGUAUUUUUGCCUAUUCAGUGACCGUAUCGUUCAAAAGCAAGGAGCAGAACGUCAGACGAACUGAGCAUGGGGAUGGACGCCUGUUCGGCGUAGAAGUGAUCGAAGCGAUGGAUUUGCUAUGUUUUAAGCAGGAUAAAUAAGCACGUCUCGAAGGUUUGCGGUUUAGAGCAGCAGGUAGCUGGUACUCGGUUUGGUAAUCAUGUAUUAAGAACGAUAGCAUUAUAGAGUUGAAUGAAAACAAUCAGCGAUUUUUUUUUUUACUUGCUUUCGACGAGGCUUCCAAAGAGUUUGAGUCUUUUGUUUUUUUUCCUCUUUUUAAAAACAAAAUAAUUUAUCCUAUUCUUUGUGUGUAUACAUGUAGCAUAAGCUAAUGAGAGAAUGUCCAGCUGAUGAUUAGUCAGUGGAUGUGUGAUGACCGUCACAAAUCUCCCAUACUAGACACUCAAUGAGCAAGUUACCAAGAGCAGCCUUGUUGUCAGUCGUUUACAUUGUUGCAGAGCGAUAGAACACUACAGACGUUAAGCGAUAAUGCUGUUGUAGAUGCUUUAUAUAGAGACACAAUGUGUAUCUUAAGAUGUUUACAAGAAUAUUACCCCAUACACUACAGAGACGAUGAUCCCACACUUUAAAUGUGAUUUUAUAUUUUAAAAGUUUAAAGGUUUGUUAAUGAAUUGCAGUUUGAUGCAUCCUCCAUGAGUUAACACGAACAAGGCAUGUGCUGAUCAUGGCUCAUACCAUAUAUCAAUAUUCAUACCAUAUAGCAACAAAAUGAUCAAAAUAUCACUUCCCUUGCAUUCCAUUUUCCGAGGCAGCUGCCAAAGUAGGCAACAUUUUUUUGGGGACGUUCGUGCCUGUGAGGUAAAGUCUCUCGUACAGAAUUUCUAAUUGAAUAAACAUAUCAUAAUGCCGGAUACCGUGAUAAAAUAAUAGUGAUAUGGAAAUUGAAUAUCAGCACCUGCCUUAUGUGAGCAAAGAUCAAAACCUGUGAUCAAACUAUGUCACUGUGACCUGAGCAAAUAGUGAAAAAAAAAAAAAAAAAGACCCGAGAAGUAUGUUUAGAAUAGUAUCUAUUUUUUACAGAAGUAUGGUGUUGAUGGACACUUGAUGGAAUAAACAGUGUUGGAGAUAGCAAUGCAACAAAACAAAACAAAAAAAAAAUCAUAAUUUUUAUAACUUGUUGGUACAGUGCUGGUAUUGCAUGUUUAACAGAACAUUGCUUAAAAUGUGUGUCACUUAAACAUGAUUUUAUGCGUAGUUAGUGUGCGACUCUGAAUAUAUAAUAACUUUUGGUUGUUUUUUUUUGUAGCGGUAGAGUACUAAUCACUCAAGUUAAAGGAUUGGUAUUUAGAUAUCUCUAAAUGCACACAGAAUGAAUUUAUAUCCAUUUAUUAUGAUCUGUUUUUUUCUUUCUUUUUUUUUUAAUAGAUUUAUGUGCAUGUAUCUUAGAAUCUUAUGUUCUGUUACAUUCUAUCACUUUUCAUAAUACUUUAAAAUGGAUGGGCCUGUAAUAAAAAUAUAUACUUUGUUGUA